AUGGCAUUUUUGAUGAAUGGACACAACGUUCCGGCCCGGAAAGCUGGAGCCUUCGCCCUCUAUCUGCACCUGGGUCUGAGUCAAGGACACAGGGCGACAGUAAGGCAAGAUGAAACAGGAGAAAAGGAAGUCUGCCUGGCAUUUGGGGCAACCAUGGUCUUCUUUGGCCUGCGCCCACUUCUGCUGGGCAGUGCCAUGGCUGUGGCGCGCUGUAUGGGCAUCACGCAACCCCUGCUUCACGCAGCCCUGGUCACAGUGGCCCAUGUUCGUCUGUUGGUGUUGCUGUUGUGCUCCCUGGAGCUACUGGUGGCAGCACUACCACUUGUAGAGGUGGGAACCUACACUCCCAGUUACAUGCAGUUCCUCGGCACAUGGUGUUUCUUGCCCAUCCAAGACUCACAGUCUGAUGCAAGCCUCACCCUGGUAUUCUCAGGUCUGGGACUCUCAGCACUCAUCCCCUCCCCGCUUUGCAACACCUUGAGUGAGUUGGCACUGCCAUGCCGGACAAGCUGGCGAGGAUUCAGGAAAAAACCUUCUGGACGAUAUGCCUCUGCCUCAUCCUCCUCCUGUUCUUCCCUGGAUGUUGAAAUGAUGGCCCAACUGGCUCUCAUCACUUGAUCCUGUGUGUGCUGA